GCUUACGGUCACACCGGCUGGAUGGCGUCUUUAAGAGUGUGCAAAAGUUAUCAGAAAAGUUGUCUGAAUGCAAACGCGAUUUUUGAAGCCGCAUCUGCUGAUUAGGUGGACCAACCGAGUGCUCCUCGCCACACAAAUUGUCCGUGGAAUUGGGGCCAAACACAGCUCAGAACGCAUAUAAACCGUGCGCCAAACUUGCGCUCUUUGCCAAUUUUCAUUUCCGUGGGAAAAUCGGAACGGGCGGCAUCCUGCAAUAAUGGAUAUUUUUGAUAUGGUCAAAGCGGCGCCGCCGCCCCAAACCAUUAAUCCGGUGAACACCAAGAUCUCCACUCCGUCACCGAUACCGCCCGAUUCGCCAAUCGACACAACUGACCUCCUGGAGAGUGGAAACCAAUCGAGCGAGGAUGACUUGCACAGCAAGCCAGCGAUUCAAGAUGAUCAAAUCACCGGGGGAAAAUCAGACGACAUCUGUGAAGUGACAGACCCAGAAAUACGCCUAAACAUGCCGAGGAAAUCGAAGAAAAUCGAGCAGUCCGAGGACUACGGCACAGAUUUGUUGGAUUUGGAGAAAUCCGAUGAGAAUAUCGACAAGUCACCGACCAAGAAGAGGCGUAAGAGCGUGUCCACCUCGAAACCGAACAAAACCAAGAAAUCCACUGUGACGGAGAAGGCAUCCACGCCGCGCAAGGGGAGCCCAACAGAGUCUAGGGAAGAUGACGAGGACGCCGAAGAGGAUCAGCAAUUAAUGCUGGUCAAUCCAACCAAGACGAAGGCGCAGCAGAAGAUGUUCAGCGAUCAGCAGUCGCCGAACUUUAAUAGGAAGUUGCGGGUGCUAAUGCGUCGCCUGAGGCAGCCGGAAAUUGAUUCGGCCGUCGAAUCGUUGGCCAAUUCAUCAUUUGUCAAUAUGAUCGAGAUCGCUAACCAGAGCGGCAUAAGGAGACGCGGCAGGCCCAAAAAAGGAAAGAGGAACUCGUCACCCCAGAAACCCAAUUCAUCACCAACACGGACCAAUUUCCAUAUCAAAGUUCCUUUGCAGAAUGGCGCCAAGAAGCGUGCCGUAAAUCAUGCGUCGCGCACCCAUACACCACCUCCCAGUUUAGCCAAGAGGGCUAGGAACGCACAGUCCUCACCGAAGCGAAGUAACAAGCCCAAAAUCAAGUCGAAGAGAGAAUCAAGUCGGGGACGCAAUGCCGAUCUGGCUUUGGUUGAGCGUUAUGGCGCGCGUUUUUUUGGCUGCGUGGUGAAGGUCAAGAGAACGCGCCUACCCACCAAAUGGCCGGAUUGCAGUCCGCGUCCCAUUGGCGGGCUAAGGAAGGGACAUCCCAAGAAGGCGGUGUCCUUCAGCGAGGCCGUCGAGAUUCUGGGCAGCCCCGAGGGCCCCUCCCGCCGCGCGACCUUUGGUUCGAUUUCAUCGAAAGGUACUCCGAAACCAACACGCCUGCAGCGCGUGGAUGCCACCGGCAAUGUGCUGGAGGACAUAGCACUGACCUCGACGCCGCUCUUCACGCCAUCCGCUGGCACAUCGACUUCUGGAGGAUCCCGCGAGCGGGGUAGGCGCCGCUCAUGCAACGGCUCACCCAUGGGCGAACGUCUCAAGCGCUCCAACCAGCGUCUGCAGCUCUCGAGGAUAGCCCGCCUGAGCAUAGAUGACAGCUCCAGGUCUGGUGGCGAUGAUGAGGACGAGGAGUAUAUCGUGCCCAACGAUGUGCCGGGAACCCAGAGAUCUGCAACGCCUCCACCCAAGAAAAAGAAAAUAUCCUUCACGACGACCAUCAGUGAUGAUGAGGACGAAAAGCCGGUCCCAAAAAAGCAGAAGGAUGCACAAAAAAAGCAGGCAAAACCCCACAAAGAAAGCACAAACAAAAAGACGGACAACACGCUAAAGGAAAAGGAGACGACUGAGAAAACGCACACGGAAAAUGAGAAAAAUACGGAAAACUCCAAGGAGGUUGUUAAGGAAAAAGUUCCGCUACCUGCAAUGGAAAUUGAAUCCGCCAAGAAAGAGGAAAUCAAACCACUAGCGGAGGAAAUCCAAUCACAAGAGGAAGAGGGAGAGGGAGACGCACACGCACACGAAGCUGAAGCAAAUGAAGUAGAAAGAGAUAGAGAAGAAAUUGUGGAUGCAACAGAGAAAAAUUCGGAUGAACCUACUCAGCAGCAGGCGGAGGAACUAGAAGAAGAUCAGCCAGAGCUAAAAGAGGCCGACAAUUCGGAGACAACAACGGAAGUUGCUCAAGAGGAAGUUCUGCAAGACGAGGAUGCGGAAAAUGUGGACGAAAAUGCGGUUGAAACCACUGAAAGCCCCAAGGAGUCUCCGGAAAAACCAACGACCGAAGACAGGCUUGAGAAAGUGGAGAAGGAGGUCGAGCAGACUGAGGAUUUUAGUGAUAUGCCGACACCACCACAGCUCCCGUCCACAACUGACGAUAACCAAGACGACGUCCUGGAGAUCCAGACGUCCUUGGACGAUGUCCGUCAAUUGCAUACGCCACCAUCCCGCCUCAGUACGCCCAAGCCCCGCGUCCGCCUCGAUUCUGCUGACUCCGAUUGCAGCUUUAAGUCCGCCAGCGAUCACGGCAAGCAGCUAACUGGACAAGCAAUAGAGGAAGCUCAGCAAGAAGAAACCAAGCCAGCGGAAGAAGAGGAUCAACAACCAGCAGCAACCAUCAUCGACGACCCCAUCGAGUCAGCCGAACUUCCUGCCGAGCUUAUGACCCCGCCCAUGGCGGCCACGACUGUGAAUGGUGAGCCCACCAGCGGAUCCAGUGCAACGGUGCCAUAUUACUCGCCCAUGGAGACCAUGGCCACGCUGGAUGACGAGGUCCUGGGCCAGCUAGUCGAGCCCGACUUUCAGUUGAACUCCAGCCGCCAUGCCAUCUCCAGGGGUACACUGGACGAAAUAAUGACCGCGUUAGAAUCCUAGAAAGCGGGCAGAACACCAAGACGCACCAAGUACAGAUACAUCUAAACCGAAGCAUACACAGGCCUAGACCCAAACACACACACAAUGGUUUAUAAGGAACCGAUUAAUUUCUACAUUCAACGGAAAUUAUGAUGCGUUCUCCCUCUGAUCAAGAAAUAGUCGUACGUUUAUUUUUAAAGACAUCUUCAUUUUGUAGCUUAAAUACCCAAGUAUUUUUUGUAACAGAAAGCAAAGGGUGCAAGCUUGAGCAUUUUGCACUUGAAUGAUUGCUGAUCUAGUCAGCUGAACAUGGACAUAAAUCAACACAACUCACUCACUCAAUUUGCGAAUGUGCGUUAAGACAGUGGAAUAAAAUUAGUAAGGACAGUUGGAAGGCAAA